AGUUGUCAUCUCAUUUUAUUACCUCUACUUGGCAACCAAGCUUCUUUUUCAUUGGUCUUAUAAUUAAUUGUGUGCUUACCAAUUUCUUCUUCUUCUUUCAGUUCGUUUGAUCGUGAACCUGCAAUUGGUUUCGAGGGCAUCCCUGAUCGAGUUAAUGUACAUAGUCGGGGGGCUACUUCGGAGAUGGAGAUGACGGACUUCGGGAUUCAGCCAGGUGGUGCUCCUGCUCCUCCUCCUCCUCCUCCUCCGCCAGGACACGCUACUUCGGAGACGAUGGACUUCGGGAUUCAGCCAGGUGGUGCUCCUCCUGCUCCUCCUCCUCCUCCUCCAGGACACAGAUCUUCUCCUCCUCUUCCUCCUCCUCCUCCGCCAGGACAUAGAUCUCCUCCUCCUUCUCCUCCUCCUCCUCCUCCUCCGCCAGGACACAGAUCUCUUCCUCCUCUUCCUCCUCCUCCUCCUCCUCCUCCUCCGCCAGGACACAGAUCUCCUCCUCCUCCUCCUCCUCCGCCAGUACACAGAUCUCCUCUUCCUCCUCCUCCUCCUCCUCCGCCAGUACACAGAUCCUCGUCUGUUUCUUCACCGCAGUUGUCUGCUUAUCAUCGGAUUAAGACGAAAAGGCCACUUUUGCAUCUACUUCGAGUGGGCCUAAGUAGCCGCCGCAACAAAUGACGUGAUGGAAGGUUUUUUGGAUGGACUUGGUUUUUAGAUUUCUCAGAGACAUUUGUAUUUGUUUUUCCCUCAACUUUUUCCUCACUCAUCAUUGGAUCAUGAUCGUCAAUUUCACUCCAAGGAU